CUGAUGGUGCAGGAGCACGCGGUCCGCUGGGACGCGCGCUUCACCUUCACGUGCAAGAUGACCGCCAACGCCUCGACGGGGGAGCUGGACUCGUGCGUGUGCAGGGUCUCCGUCAGACAGGAGGUUCGCGGCGGCAAGUCCUUCCAGAAGCUUGGCUACGCCGACGUGAACCUGGCUGAGUUCGCGGGGUCGGGCGGCUCGCAGAGGUACCUUCUGGAGGCCUACGACUCCAAGCACCGCCUCCACAACUCCAUGCUGAAGGUCACGGUGGACAUGACGCUGCUGUCCGGCGACCCCUGCUUCAAGGCGCAGCCGUCCCGAGGAACGCGGUACCAGCCCACCAACGACGUGGGCGCCGAGGAAGUGCCCCCGAGUAGGCCCACGUCGGGCUCCCUCGCCUCCCUCACCUCUUCGGGCUACGACUCGCUCACCAAGAAGGUCAAAGACUCCCGCAACUCCUCCAACACCAGCCAUGGCUCCCAUGCCUCGGGCUAUGCUUCUAUCAACUCCCAGUCAGAUAAGUCAGGACAUAUCAGGCCAAGCAGUUUCCGUGUGUAUGCUCCUAGUGGCGCUAGCAUGUCAGACCAUGUUUACACUCACCCCUUCCACUAUCCACACCCAAAGGGCCUGCCUCCUUCUAAGCCCACCGCUCAGUUUCACUUGCGCCCUGCCGACUCUAGUUCCCUGUGCGAGACUCCUCCUUCGAAACAGGCUCGGCCGAGCUUGUACCUGUAUGGGGAGCUCUCCACUAUCCUGGGGGGGUCAACUCCGUCGCUGGUGUCUCUGUCGUCGUCUGGCACUCGUGGUGGCUCUGUGUCGAGUAGCAUAAGCCCAGACCUGACAGACAGUCCUCAGGCCUUAGUACAGUCACCACAGCAUCAUGCAUGGCCCUUGAGUGCUUUACAUACAACACUGUCAGCACUUGCAUUGCAUAGUGAGACUUCUAGUUUGCAUGCUUCCACUGACUCCUCUGUAGAAACCAGGAGUGGCAGUGCAGGUUCAGGGGGCAUAAGUGACGGCGGCUCCUUGGAACGAGCAACUACAGGCCGAACCAAAAAUACAGGAACAGAGGCUAAUAAGGAAUCAAGAGUAGAUGCCACGAGAGUUGACACCAACGAUAUAAUCAAUCAAGUAUUCCAAGUGACAAAGAUUGAGGAACUGAAGCCUGAUGACUCUGCUGAAACUUCCGGCCUUCAGCUCUACAUUGGGCGCGAUGGAACUGCAGCUUUAGGAGGUCUAAGUCUGAAGUCAGGAGGAGAGUACAAGCCUGUGGUGUUUGACAAGAGAUAGCAUCAACCUCAGUGAGGGAACCUCCACCUCUGUCUAGUAUCUUGGGCAUCAAUUCUGAAACCACAGAGAGAAAAAGAAAUAUUCACUUUAUCAUACUAGUCUUCACAUUCACCCCCACUGGGAUAGCAAGGGGAAAGUUGCAUGUUUAUCAACGCAUGGACUAUAGAAGGGUGCACAGGUUGUGGUUUCAGAAUUGGCUUUUCAGUUUAAAGCUGCCAAGUGGGGAGAAUUAAUAGCAAAGAUGCUUCCAGAAACUUAUUAAUAUGGUGUAACUGUUAACUCUCUUAGAAAGUAUGGAGGAUACAGUUUUAGAAAGUAUUG